AUGAUGAAUGAUAUGAAGUUCUUGAUGAUCAUCGCCGUCGUCAUCUCGGCGUCUUUGUUUCCAGCGUUGGUGUUCGGAUCUCGUCCGGUGAAAUGUGACAAUUGCAUUGACAGUGGAGAAGAAAAGAUCACCAUGAUGAAGAAGAUGAGAUCAAGUUUGGAUUUGAGCCGUAGGAUUCUUCAAGCUUCAAGAUAUAUAAACUAUGAUGCAAUGAAGCAAAACAAACCAGCUAAACCAGAUGGUAAACCUGAUCAAUCCGAUAACACUUACCGACGAGGUUGCACUGCUGCUACAGAAUGCCACCGCUUUACGAAUUAAAAUAUUUCACAAUUCGAAUAAUUUGUUGUGU